AUCAAAUGUUUCGAGUAAAGGGAUUACAGCUGAUUUUAUUCGCCUCGAUUCUAUCAACCAGUCAACUUUUCUCCUUAGAAACUGACCAUUGUUAUGCUCGUAAUUACAAUCCGUACGUGAAAAUGGGGACGAAAACUGCCUACCACUUUAUUCACGGUGGUGAAACACGAUAUAAAACGAUACCAAACUGCAAGCCUGUAAUGAUAUGGAUGAUGAUCAGGCACGCAACGCGAUAUCCUAUUCCAAGCGAAAUCGAGAACAUGAAGUUCCUCCCGAAGCUGCAAAGUCAGAUAAUUUACAAUCACGAAAUAGGACGAUCUGGUCGUUUGUGCCCCGAGGAUCUGGAGAAUCUGAAGCGUUGGCGACUCAGCGAAUUCAUCACUUACGAAAAUUCCCUAAAAGUCAACGAUCAAGGAAUCAAAGAGAUGAAUGAAUUCGGCAAACGUAUCAGCCGUAAUUUUCCCGAAUUAUUUCCACCUUCCAUAACUGAGAUUAGCGAAGAAAAUUACAAGUUUCGUGCGGCAAGUGGAACACGAAUGGCUACCAGCCUGAAUGCAUUUAUGGGUGGACUUUUAGGCAGAGAGGAUAUCCCGGAAGAAGAACUUGGAGCCAGCAGCAGGUUGUGGGCGGCUUAUUCGCAGUGUCCAAAAUGGGAAACGGACGUGGCGAACAAUCCUGAGCAUCUCAGAGAGAUAAAAAAAUUUAUGGAUGGUUUAGAGUAUCGGAAUAUGAUGUCAAGCGUCAGCGAACGACUUGGAUUUCCUUACGAUAUCAACAAAGUCGUGAUGAUUUUUUUGAAUGGGGCUGCCUGUUUUCUUGCUCACUACAAGAAAGCUGGCAUCGAAAGGCGUUCGAGCAUGUGCAACAACAUGACUUUCGAAUGA